AUUUGUCAGCAAAAAAAAGAUUUCUCAGCAAAAAGAAAAAUUCCCCUAAGGCGAGGGUCAAUUUUAUUUCAACAUGGUUGUAUCGAAUCUAGAUGACCGGUUUCAAACUGGCUUGCUGGUUUCCUUUCUUGUUUUUGCUGCCACAGUGGUCUGCUACUGGCUGUUUGUGAGGCCAUUUUCAUUUUUCAAAAGAUAUGGAAUACCCCAUCCACAAUACAGCCAUUUAACUGGAAAUGUGUCAGAUCUUAUGCGUCAGGGAACAAGUGUCUACUUCAUCAUGUCCAACAUGAAGAAAUUUGGAAAUAUCUUUGGGUUCUAUUUGGGAAGAAAUCCGCAUGUAGUUGUUGCCGACCCAUCAGUCUUGGAAGUAGUUUUUGUCAAAGAAUUCAGCAAUUUUCAUAACAGAAGGGUCCCCCUUGGCACUCCCAAGUCGCCCAUGCAUUUAAACAUGAUAGUGGCAGAAUACAAAGACUGGAAGAAAAUUCGACCAACAGUUAGUCCAACUUUUUCUGCAAGUAAAAUCAAGCAGACCAUUCCCCUUGUGAUGCAGUCAGUUGAUACAUUGGCAAACUUGCUGACUAAACAUGCAGAAAAAGAGGAAACAAUUAAUAUUUUCAAAUUGUAUGGGCAGAUGACAAUGGAAGUCAUCCUAUCAGUUGCUUUUGGUUUAAAGACAGAUUACCAACUGAAUGAAGAUAAGCAAAUUUCAGAAGAAGCAUCACAUUUCUUUUCUCCCAGACCUGCGGUUUUAAUCAUUGAUUUGUUUCCACUUCCAAAGUUUAUCACAGACCGUUUAAAAACAUUAUUUGCUCCAGACCCAACGUUCUUUGUUAAUCUUUUAAAGCCAGUUGUCGAAGAGAGGAAGAAGAAUGCAUCAGUGAGAAAGGACUUCUUGCAGUUGUUGUUGGCUGAGAAUAAAGUUGAUGGUCAGUUGAAACUAGGCGACACGGAGAUUUACGCCUCCGCGAUUACAUUCUUACUGGCUGGGUAUGAAACCACAAGCAACGCACUGGCCUACACGACCUACCUACUUGCAUUGCAUCCUGAAAUUCAAGAACGGUUGUACAACGAAGUGAAAGACUGUGACAUGAAUUCAGAGGAUGGCAAGAUUUACGAAGAUAUCCAAAAACUCGACUAUCUUGAUGCUGUUUUCAAUGAAUCACUUCGUUUUUACCCACCAGCAUGGCAAACUUUAAGGAGGGCCGAAAAUGAUAUCGUUUUGGGUAAGUAUAAAAUCCCGAGAGAUACAACUAUUUCCGUGCCAAUUUUUGUCAUUCACCAUUCGGAACAGUUCUGGAAAGACCCUGAGAAAUUCGAUCCAGAAAGGUUCAGCCCAGAGAGGAAAGGUGAUAUCAUUCCAUACACUUUCCUGCCAUUUGGUCACGGGCCUCGCAAUUGUGUUGGAAUGCGAUUUGCUCUGAUCGAGGCUAAGCUCACUCUUAUCACCCUGCUGAAGAAAUUUCGCUUCGUGAAGACAAAAGAAACAGAGCCUCAGCCACUCAAAUUGACUUUUGGAGUAACAAUGAGUCCGGCAAAUGGGAUCAAUAUUCGUGUCAUCCAGCGGUAAUUUAUGCAAAUGAACAUGAAAGAGAUUGGCUGUUUUUAGCUUCAAUGCGCUUGCUGCAUAUAAACAUUUUUUAUCCUAAUAUGCUUGGCACUGAAAUAAAAUAUUUCAAUGUUUAUUUUCUACUAUAUUUUAAUUAGAUACACAGGUAUUAUUACGAGUAGUGUUUUUAUCGUAGACUUAUUCGUGACAACAACUUUCUCUCUACUGCGUUGCUAAAUAGAAUUUCCAUUUGCAAAAAUUUCUUGGUUUGAGUAAUAAAAUAUCAAAAUGGUCAAAAGAAUUAACAAAUUAUAAGCAAUAUGUGCUUUUUGCCUAGAAUAAGGUUUUAAAAUUAACACACAGUUUAUAGAUGAGUUCUGAAAUAUUUAUUUUCUAUCAUAAGCACCCUAUGAUUGAGCUAAUUUUCUAAUGUGAAAAUUGUUGAACACUGCACGAUAACUGCGAAGGCGCAUUAUUUAUUUUUCUACAGGCACGUGGAAUUAACUCAUUUCCAGUGAAAAUUUCUUUCCGUAUUGUUUUAAUAAUGUUUGCUUGAAUAUAUUACUCACUAAUUAUAUAUUUUUUUAUGUAAAAAUGCCUUGUUCUGUUAGCUUAAUUUGAUUGGUCGGAUUUGUAAGAAGCUUAGUUGAAUUGAGUAAGAACAAAAAAGUGUGUAACUUAACAUCGUGAAAAACAGUUGUGGAGAACCGAAUUAAGAAUUAUAUGAACAUAGCGAAAUACUGGUUUUCUUGAGUUGAAUCUUAGAUAAACUUUCGACCUUUUGAACUAGCGAGUAUGGAAAAUGAUUUUCCCAACAAAUAAACACGCAAGGAACUGGACACUACGCGUGAUGUCAACGUGAUCAAUGUGUGGGGGUUUACU